UGGCCCGUCCGGGUCGCCGGCAUCCGGAGUUGGGGGCUCGCUCCGGGACGAAAUAUUCUGAGAGCCUGGGGAAGAAGAAAAAAUGUCUCAAAAGCAGAUGAAGGAAGCUUUUGUCAGUAACCACAAUGGAACGAGCGUGCUGGAAAUCACCGAGGGCUUGUGCUUGCCUGCACUCUGUAUCCUGUGUAGAGGGCUCCUGAUCAUUCUCUCAGAGCACUUAUGUUCUUCUUCACAUACCUGGAGAACUCGAUUCUUCAUUGACUUUGCUUUCCUAAUAGUUCCCCUGGUGACCACUUUGACCAUUUUCGCUUCAUUUGUCCUCCUUGAGUAUCUCAUUGUAAUUAUCUUUGGGGCAGGGCUGCUCUGUGAAACAUACUGCAGGAGAACUUGCUACGCCAGAAUGCCUGUCGGGAAAAUACUUGAAAAAUUCUUGAAAAUCAGUCUAGAAUCAGAAUACAUUCCAGCCAUCUCCUGUUUCCGUGUAAUUAACAGUGCAUUUACUGCUGUUGCCAUUUUGGCUGUGGACUUCCCUCUUUUUCCCAGAAGAUUUGCCAAAACCGAGCUCUAUGGGACAGGAGCAAUGGAUUUUGGAGUAGGAGGCUUUAUUUUUGGGACUGCAAUGGUUUGUCCAGAGGUUAGGAGAAAAUAUACAAAAGGGUCCAGACUUUGUUAUCUUACAAAGUCAUUGUACUCUGUUUGGCCAUUAGUCUUCCUAGGAAUGGGACGAUUAGUCAUUAUAAAAUCCAUAGGCUAUCAGGAACAUUUAACUGAGUAUGGAGUUCACUGGAAUUUUUUCUUUACCUUAAUAGUUGUGAAAUUGAUAACAUCACUGCUUUUGAUAAUUUUUCCCCUAAAUAAAUCCUGGAUUGUGGCUAUCAGCAUUACUGUAUUCUACCAGCUAGCCCUUGAUUUUACCCCACUGAAAAGGUUAGUUUUGUAUGGCAGUGAUGGCAGUGGCACAAGGGUUGGUUUAUUAAAUGCCAACCGAGAAGGAAUAAUCUCUACCUUGGGGUAUGUGGCAAUACACAUGGCUGGUGUUCAAACAGGAUCAUACGUACUUAAAAAAAGAUCACAUAUCAAAGACUGGAUAAAAGUAGCAUGUUAUAUUCUAUUGACAGCUAUUGGCUUCUUCAUAUCUCUUUACAUAGUUCAGGUAAAUGUAGAAGUAGCAUCUCGAAGAAUGGCCAAUUUAGCCUUUUGUAUUUGGAUAGUUGCUUCUUGCCUGAUCCUUCUUAGUAGUUUAUUGCUGGGUGAUAUAAUUUUGAAUUUUGCCAAAUUUCUAAUUAAAGGGGCAACAGUACCAUGUUCUUGGAAACUUAUCCAGUCACCUGCUGCAAAUAGAAAGCAUUCAGAAUCUCUAGUCUCUGAAGCUGAAAGAAAGGAACCCACUCUUUGUUUAAUCACAGCAAUGAACAGAAACCAGUUAAUUUUUUUCUUGCUGUCAAAUGUAACAACUGGCCUAGUCAACCUGUUGGUAGAUACAUUACACAGCAGUACCUUGUGGGCCUUAUUUGUACUCAAUCUCUACAUGUUUACCAACUGCUUAGUUAUAUAUGUGCUGCACUUGCAAGAUAAGACGGUAAAAUUUUGGUGAUCAGUACAGGUAGUAUAUGUUUUGAGCAAUAUUAUUUUAA